GUGACACCUACGUCACGUGUGGCGUCACAUGAUGCUAAACGGAAGUAGUGACUUGGGCGAACCUAAAGGAGUAGAGAUUUUAAAUGAACAUAAACAAAACGUAGAUAGCGGGUGCAAAAAAAAAAAAAGCCGACAUGGGUUUGUCAGAGCUGGAAGAAAGUUGUGUGUUACUGGAUGAGAAGGUUCUUCGAUUCAUGGAGCAGUUGGAGGUUUUGGAGGAGAAACGAGCCGCUCUCAACUCCCUCAUCGAGCAGGUCGUACAUUGGAGGUUUUGGAGGAGAAAACGAGCGCUCCUCACUCCCUCAUCGAGCAGGGAUGGUUUUCAAUGCUCCAAGGCUCGAUAUUCCCUGGGAAACAACACAAGUUCUACUCUUCAGUAUGCAAAAAAAAUAAAACCAGUGGUACACGUUCACACUCGAACCUCAAGUGAAGGUGUCAGGAGGCGAUUAAAACCUAAAAAGGAUGCUAGCGAAAAAGAGCUGAGUGUGAAAGUAAGCAACGAGGAAGCUCCGGGAGUUCCUUCAGUGAACAGAAGUGAUCAGAUUGCACAGCAAGACCCACUGAAAUGGUUUGGGAAUUCGGUGCCACAGUCGCUCAAACAAGCACAGUCCUCUUUCAAACAAGUGAUAGAGCUGUCUGCUGAGAUUGCAACUCUUCAGUUUGCAGUUUUGCACAGCAGACAGGAGUGAAGCACUGUAUGAAAGAGAAACCAAAUUCUGCAGGAGAAAGCCUCUGCUGCGCAGGUGGACAAGGACACGAGCAGAGACGCCGGGCCCACAGACACAGACGGAUGAGUCUCAGUCAGCAGUUAUGUGCAGGGGAAUUCAAUAGAAAAUUACAAACGCGCCACAUCAAAACUUCCUGAUUAUGAGGGGAGUCCAUCAAACCACAGCAGUGGUCCUCUGGACGAAUGUGAACUGAAGCCUGUACACACAGGAGUUCCCAGAAAUGUCUGAUCAGUGAUUUUUGUGUUGUUUUGACUGUGAAAGAUGAACGUUUGUGAGUGUGCUGGUUGUCAGAAUAAUAUGUUGUUUUUUCUCAUUAAAAAAACAAAGAAAACCUGAUUGAACAGAUUUUGUGUCUAUAGUCUUGAUCACUGUAAGCAUUGUUUUUUCUGAAUAGUUUUUGCAUUGUUUUGACUAAAUGUAGCUACUCAAAAGAAGUAUUUAUGUUAAUGUUCUCAGCCCCGGAACCUUUCUUCCAACUUUCAUUGAUAUACAGUACCAGUCAAAGUUUGUUCACACUUUAUUUAAGAAAAAAAUCCACAUAGUGACUGACUUGUGAUCUGGAAUCUCAUAAAUGUGAUGUAGCAUUUUGCUGUUAUGACUCUGCAUUUCAUCAUUACAAAACAGUAGCUGUUAAAUUAACAGCAUGAUGUCAUUAUUAUGAAAGAUCUCAUAAAUAUGACUUACUGUGAAAUUCAGUGUUAUACUUUUGACUUGGCCUCACUUGCA